AUGUCGAAACACAACACUAUGACAUCGACGAUGUCUGACAUUUUGCCCCAGCAGCAGCGCAAUUUGCAGCAAUUACAGAAUUUGCAGAACAGAACUAGAAGUCUGGGAAUAGUGCCAAACGAAUUCUCGAAUUCUUAUUUACAAAAGAUACAUGAAAAGCAGAUGCAGCAGAGUACAAGUCCAAUACUUAACAGCGGCCAGCCUGAGUUGAACUUCGUUAACACCGAUGCAAGUCAACAAGAAACAAUGGUGAACCAUAGUCUCACAAAUAGUUACAACAAUUAUUCUUUUCAAAAUAACACUAACAAUACUAUGGGUACCGGUGUAAACCAAGGCGUGGCGACUCCAACUAUGAAUCCUGCUAGUCAUUUACCUUCUUUCCAAGGCAAAACCUCAAUUACAAGUGGUACUAUAAAUCAUUCUACAUUACAUCCUCAAAGAUCAAAUCAACAGCAAGAUCCAAGAUCUCCUCUAGUGAUACUCAUACCGACUUCUUCCCAACCUACAGAUAUUUUGGCUCAAAGAUUCGGUGCCUGGAGAAAUGUUAUUAAAUCUUUGAUCACUUAUUUAUCAGAAAUAGCUUCCAUCCAGGAUGAAAUUGUAAGACAACAGUUAAGAUUAACGCACUCGAUUCAAUUCCCAUUUUUUUCAAUAGAAAAUACUUAUCAACCUACGGGUUCUGAAGAUAAAAUGAAUCAAAGUUUCUUCUUACCCUUGGGUAACGGUUCAGUACAAGAUCUACCAACUAUAUUAAGUCAAUACCAUGGUACCCUCGCGUCAAAUGCUUCAAAGGCUUCGAAAGAGUUGUCCACUGAAAUAAUUCCAAGAUUAGAAGAUUUGAGACGUGAUCUAUUGGUUAAAAUCAAAGAAAUUAAGUUUUUGCAAUCCGAUUUUAAAAAUUCUUGUUCAAAAGAAUUACAACAAACUAAACAAGAUAUGAGAAGAUUUUUGGAUUCCAUAGCGGAGGCAAAAUUCGGUUCUCCAAAGCAAGAUCCGUAUUUAACAAAGAUUAUCCUUGAUAAACAGAUUAAAAAACAGAUUACUGAAGAAAACUUUUUACAUGAAGCUUAUGAUAAUUUGGAAAAUUCAGCAGCCGAACUGGAAAGAGUUGUUGUAAUGGAAAUUCAAAAUGCGUUAACCAUUUAUGCAAGAUUAAUAGGACAACAAUCUCAAAUUGUAUUUGAUGUAUUGAUAUCAAAAUUAGAUAUGGGAUUCUUCAGUAAAGACCCUCGUUUCGAAUGGGAUAGUUUCAUCGCGAGAGAUCCAAAUUUCAUUCCACCAAACAUUCCAACAAGGAAAGUAAGUUCAAUUGUUUAUAAAAAUCAGUUCGAUCCAUUAACUCAUGAAGUAAAAACUGGUUAUUUAGAAAAAAGGUCAAAGUUUUUGAAAUCCUAUUCAAAGGGUUAUUAUGUAUUAACACCAAGCUUCUUGCAUGAAUUUAAAACUGCUGAUAGAAAAAAAGAUAUAGUGCCAAUAAUGUCAUUAUCAUUGAGUGAUUGUGCAGUGGCAGAACAUUCAAAGAAGGGUUCGUCAGAUUUUAAAUUUAUUUUACAUUCAAAACAAAACGGUUUAAUCAGUCGUGGUCAUAAUUGGGUAUUCAAAUCUGAUUCUUAUGAAUCUAUGAUGCUUUGGUUUACAGCCAUAAAGGAAUUAACUUCAAUGCCUGAUAUAAAUACAAAAGUUAAAUAUAUUACUACAAAAUUGAAAUUAGAUUCAAGUGGAAGACCAUUAUCUAGAAUAUCUUCAAAUGUCACAUUUGAAAAUAACCAAGAUAAAUUGAAUGAUGAAAAUAUGGAUGACUCAGGUGUGAUUCCGGGAAUCACUAUAUCUAGUCCUAGAGCUAGUCGAUCAUAA